AUGAAAGAGCAGUGGCCACAUAUUAAAGACAUACCAUUCCCAAGUACUGGUAGAAAGAAGAAGAUAGAUUUACUGAUAGGUCUUGACUAUGCGCACCUUCAUAGGUCACUUGGAGAGAUAGUAGGUGGUGAUGGUGAACCAGUGGCUAGAUUGACACCACUUGGAUGGACAUGUGUUGGGCCAAUAAAUAGAGAGAAUAAUCAUGAUAGCACUAGCAUGUUUGUGUUUCAUGCUAAUAAUACCUUGGAGAUUUCAUUGAAACAGUUUUGGGAACUUGAAAGUGAAACGGAGUGUAACCAAAUGUCACUAGAAGACAAGAAAGUGCAGGUUAAAAUAGAAAACAGUAUUGAACACAAAGACAAAAGAUACAUAGUUCCAUUGCCAUGGAAAUAUGAUAAAGAAACAUUACCUGACAACUAUAGUAGUGCCUUAAACAGACUAUAUGGUACUGAGAAAAAAUUGAAGAAAUCUCCUGAAUUGAAGCAGGAGUAUAGUGAUAUUAUAAGGAAAUAUGAAGAGAAAGGCUUUAUUAAGAAGGUUGAAAGAAAAGACAAUGAAAGAGGAUGGUAUUUGCCACAUUUUGCUGUAGUGAGGCCAGAAAAGGAGACAACAAAAGUUCGCAUUGUGUUUGAUGCAUCAUCUAAACAUGAAGGCACAAGUUUGAAUGAGUACCUAAGUACAGGUCCAAAAUUGCAAAGAGAACUGUUUGAUGUGUUGCUAAGGUUCAGAAGAAAUCAGAUCGCAGUUGUCUGUGACAUAGCGGAGAUGUAUUUGAAAGUUGGCCUAGCAAGUGAGGAUCAAAAAUACCAAAGAUUCCUAUGGAGAGAAUCACCAGAAAGCCCCAUCGAAACAUUUGAAUUCACACGUUUAGUGUUUGGAGUUAACUCAUCACCAUAUCUAGCCCAGUAUGUAUCUCAACAUAAUGCUGUGCUCCAUGCUGACAUGUAUCCGCUGGCGGCUGAGACAAUUUUGAAGUCUACUUACAUGGACGAUAGCAUGGAUUCUACGAAAAACGUGACAGAGGGAAUAGAACUAUGUAGACAAUUGAGAGAGCUGUGGCAGAAAGCUGAUAUGCAUGCUAGAAAGUGGAUUUCAAAUUCACUAGAAGUGUUAGAAACAAUACCAGAAGAAGAUAGAGCAGCAGAAAUAGAUUUAGGAACAGGAAAUCUGCCAACAACUAAAGCUCUUGGAAUAUCCUGGCAAGCCAAACAUGAUGAAUUUAUAUUCAAAGUCGGUGACGAAAUGACCAUGCCUGAUGAAAUCACAAAGAGAAAUGUAUUGAAGACUGUUUUCUUGCUGUUGCGAACAAUUGGUGGGAAGGCCCCAGCUUCCUAA